UCCUUUUCUCAUCCUCCAUACUCUCUAAUUGAUUCAUUUUUUUCUUCAUUGUGAUCUCUCUUCUUCCUCAGAACACAUCCGAAUCGCAAAAUCGCUCGACGGAUUCAUUUGGUCGAUGAGGAUGGCUGAACCCCGUUCGUCGAGCCCAACACAUCUAUACACCCUGUUGGGCCUCUCCGGUGGCAGCAGCAAGGCAUCGAGCAUCCUUGACAUCUCUAAGGCGUACAAGUUCAUCACCAUGAAAUGGCAUCAUGAUCAUGACCACAAGAAUUCUACUUCGGACAAAUUCAAGGUCAAUCAUUCAACCCACGACGCCGCCAAGGAAUCUAGCCGUGGGAAGAAUGCAGAGAGGAUUUCCAGCAGCGAGGACGCAACGACGUCGUGGGAGGCCAAUGACCCGUCGUUCUACCACCGCCACAACCGCAGCGGCAGCUGCAUCGAUGACAGCUUUGUCCACCGCCGCUCCUCCUCCUUCCUCUCCAAGAGUGCCAGCCGACGGAGCCACACCCCUACGCCAUCUUCCUUCUCCCGGACAGCAAGCCGCCGAAGCAACUCCGUGGCGGACUUCUUCAGCGGUGGCUUGGGGUCCCUCUCGAGGAGUGCAAGCCGGAAGCUGGGGCAUGGCCUGUCGGAGCAUCCCGAGGUGGCGGCCACCACUCCGACCACUCCUACAUGGAGCGCGUCAUGCAGGACACCGACGAGGAUGAUGUCGAAGGUGGGACGUGGGCCCCCCGAGGGGCCCACCACCCCGGCCAACGCUUCGAGGAGCACGUCGAGCGGCAAGACCAGGAUGAUGUCGAGGACGACGAGCAGCAUCAGGGGAGGGAGUAGCACGGCACCGGAGGCCCCUGAGAGAGACACCACACCGACCGUGGCUUCAAGGAGCGCAUCAAACAGCAGAAUGCCGACGAGGACUAUGCGGAGGACGACCAGCAGCGUCGGGAGAGGGAGGAGUGAGACACCGAGCAUGCCCUCUGGCUCCGAGGCAAUAACCGAGAGAGCCACCACUACGACUGCCGCUUCAAGGAGCACAUCGACCUGCAGGACACCAACUAGGACUAUGUCGAGGACGACGAGCAGCAUCAAGAUUGUGUACUCGCAGACGUCAGCAAGGAAGAAGCCACAACCGAUCGAGAUGAAACUCGAGUGCACACUCGAGGAGCUGCUUACCGGGUGCAUCAAGAAGGUCACCAUCACGAGAGACGUCCUUUCGGAGGCCGGAGUAAUUCAAGAGGAUGAGACGCUGAAGAUCAGCGUGGAGCCAGGGUGGAGGAAAGGUACGAAGAUCAUGUUUGAGGGGAAAGGCGAUGAGAAGCCCGGUUACCUGCCGGCGGACAUAGUGUUCGUGAUCGAGGAGAAACGGCACCCUCUGUUCAAGAGGAGAGGAGACGACCUGGAGACCACGGUCGAUAUCCCGCUGGUGCAGGCGCUGACAGGGUGCACGCUCUCGGUACCUUUGCUAGGAGGGGAUAAGAUGGCCUUGAGCUUCGAGGAGAUCAUAUAUCCGGGAUACAAGAAGGCCAUCUCGGGCCAGGGAAUGCCUUGUACCAAGGACCCGAGCCGGAGAGGUGAGCUGAGGAUCACCUUCUUCGUCGAAUUCCCUUUACAACUGAGCGAAGAACGCAGACUCGAGAUUCGUAGUAUUCUUAACAAAUGUGAUUCUUCGUAAAGAAUUCCUAUACAAUGAAGAAGAGGGUAUCUAUUGUAUUCA